AUGCUCAAGUCUCCCUCCCUCCUCCUCCUCGCCUCUUUGACACUCAUGGUAUCCGCCACCAACGCAUACCGAAUCGCAAGACUAGGCAAAAGACCUGCGUUGAGCCCCUCCUCCUGCCCCUCCAGACGUCGCCCCUCCCCUCCCCUCCUCUCUCCAAGGAUCUCAUGCCCCUAUGAGCCCCGACGAGUCCGCAAGCUUCACAUCCACGACCCGUCGACCAAGAACAAGCUCAAGGGCUUCGCCAUCCUCGCCCACAGGCUCGAAGAGAAGCACGGCGAGGAGAUCAAGCAGGAGGUCGCCAACUUCCUCGUCGAGCAGAUGCUCGUCAACCUCGACUCUCCUGUCUCCGCUACCCUCACCAAGCUCUCCCACUCCCUUCACUCCGCCGCCGCCACCACCAUGCCCUACCUGAAGCAUGCCUCGCACGUAGUGCAGCAGGCACAGCAGGCAGUGUCAUGGGGGGCAGCGGGGAGCCACGCGAUGCAAGCGAAGCAUGCGAUGCUGGAGGGGCUUGCGCUGUGCAUGCUGAGCAACUGCACAUGA